GAGGGGAUAGUUUCCUUCCUGCUGGAGCGGCCUUGUUAGCAAGGAGGGUUAUAAUUAUUCAAUAUGUUUCCACUGACUGAGGAAAACAAGCAUGUGGCCCAGUUGUUGCUCAGUACUGGUACCUGUCCAAGAUGUAUUUACAGAUUCUGUGGUGUGGAUUUUCAUGCACCUUACAAACUUCCCUACAAGGAGUUGCUCAAUGAACUACAGAAAUUUCUGGAAACUGAAAAAGAUGAAUUAAUUUUGGAAGUUCCAAACCCACCUCCUAAGAAAAUUCGACUACAAGAACUAGAAGAUGGGAUUGAUGGGAUUGAUAAUUUGAGUCAAAAUGGAGAGGGAAGGAUCUCCGUUAUUGAAGAUGGUAGCAUUGCUUCCAAGAACUCAAAUUUAAAUGUGUGCAAUGUAUGUCUAGGAAUUCUUCAAGAAUUCUGUGAAAAAGAGUUCAUUAAAAAGGUGUGCCAAAAAGUUGAGGCCUCUGGGUUUGAAUUUACCAACUUGGUAUUUUCAGUCUCCUUUCCACCACAGCUAUCUGUAAGAGAGCAUGCUGCAUGGUUGCUGGUAAAACAGGAAAUGGGAAAACAGAGUCUGUCGCUGGGAAGAAAUGAUAUAGUUCAGCUAAAAGAAGCCUACAAAUGGAUAACUCACCCCCUGUUUUCAGAGGAACUGGGUGUUCCCAUUGAUGGAAAGAGCUUGUUUGAAGUGAGUGUGGUCUUUGCUCACCCAGAAACAGUUGAGGAUUGCCACUUCCUACGUGCAAUAUGCCCAGAUUGCUUCAAGCCAGCCAAAAACAAACAGUCAGUGUUCACUAGAAUGGCAGUUAUGAAAGCAUUGAAUAAGAUAAAAGAAGAGGAUUUCCGCAAGCAGUUUCCUUGUCCUCCAAACUCACCAAAGGCUGUAUGCACUGUUCUUGAAAUUGAGUGUGCUCAUGGUGCUGUUUUUGUGGCUGGGAGAUAUAAUAAAUAUUCCAGGAAUUUACCACAGACUCCUUGGAUAAUUGAUGGAGAAAGGAAGCUGGAAUCUUCAGUGGAAGAAUUAAUUUCAGAUCAUCUUUUGGCAGUAUUCAAGGCAGAGAGUUUUAAUUUUUCCUCCUCUGGAAGAGAAGAUGUAGAUGUGAGAACAUUAGGAAAUGGAAGGCCCUUUGCAAUUGAGCUGGUGAAUCCUCAUAGAGUACAUUUCACUUCACAAGAAAUUAAGGAACUUCAGCAGAAAAUUAAUAAUUCAUCUAACAAAAUCCAAGUCCGUGACUUGCAGCUUGUCACAAGAGAGGCAAUAGGACAUAUGAAAGAAGGCGAAGAAGAAAAGACCAAGUCCUAUAGUGCCUUAAUAUGGACAAAUAAAGCCAUACAGAAGAAAGACAUUGAAUUCCUAAAUGGCAUAAAGGACUUAAAGAUCGACCAGAAAACACCUCUGCGGGUCCUUCACCGGAGGCCCCUGGCUGUGAGAACUCGCAUCAUUCACUCCAUGGAGACAUGCUAUGUGGAUGAACAUCAUUUCCACCUCUAUCUGAAGACUCAAGCUGGAACCUACAUUAAAGAGUUUGUGCAUGGAGACUUUGGGAGAACCAAGCCAAACAUUGGCUCUCUAAUGAAUGUGACUGCAGACAUUCUUGAGCUGGAUGUUGAGUCUGUAGAUGUUGACUGGCCCCCUGCUCUGGAUGACUAG